AUGGACCUGAGAUUCCUGUUUGUUGCCUCGGCUCUCGUUCUGGGGGCCACCAUCACCAUGCUCCUGGCAGAGGAAACCGAACAGUGCAAAGUCAAAUGGUUGUUUGGCAUUUCAUGCAGUGAAGUUAACGAGAAGCUGGUGAGCCAGAUCAAGGCCUGGCAGAGCAGGCCGAGCUGUCUAGCUGCAGGGGAGAGGUGCUCGUAUGAGAGGCCACAGCUGCACACGAUGCACAUAAUGUCUGUGUCUGACUGUGACUUGUGCCGGCAGCUUGUGUCGUCAGCUCCGUACUUGAUCCAGGCCACGCACAUGUCUCCGAAAACAAAGAAAGUCAACGACCUUCAGUUUCUUCUGGAGCAGUCCACUGUUUGCAAGAUGAGUGGUGAUGCUGUGUCCGAGGUUUCCAAAGACCCUGCUGACAAUAACACAAACUACUGCAGCCUCCAGAACCUGAUGGACGGGAGUGGGCUGAUUGAUGCUGAAGGAUACAAACAGUUCAGCAACAAGUGGAUCUGCCCUGGGUUUGAUACGGCCGACUGUACCUUUUCUUAAGAGGAGAGUAAAUCCUCUUGGUAGAAUUAUAUCCUUAUUAUAUACCAACUAAUAUGUAGACUAGUGACCUUCAAGAAUAAUUUAACUUCUGAGUUAACUGUUUGUUUUUCAUCUGUUGAUCCUAUG